AUGAAGCUCUUCCUUCUGUGCAGCGUUCUCGCUGUCGGUGCGAUGGCCGAUCUGUGGUACGUCAAGAAUCCGACGAAGAAAGAUUCGGUGUGCGCGAUGGUGGAAUCAAAGCCGAAGCUCAGCAUCCAGCAGGGCAAUACGUCUUUCACGCUGGAUAUCGUGAACGCCACCGUCACCGGCACCUGCUUCGGUGUAGUCCCCGUCAACGACUUGCAUCACGCGAACACCAUGACCGUCGCCUUCUUCCCGGACGGCCAGUUCGAGAACGCCACCGAUGAUACCUGGAAAUUGACCCUGUAUUUCAUCAAGGGCGAGAACCAGUACCAGCUUUAUAACUGGACGCUUGAGGUGCACCCAACCUCCAAGUACAACGUGUCGGGCCUGUACCAACGCGCUCUCAACUCGACCACGUACAGCGCCGCCGUUCUCCACGCCAUCACCUGCCACUCGUUGCCGCUCAACUUUGAAGACGGUGUGCAAGUCGUUUUGGGUGAAGCCCGCGCCGUCGCCUUCGAAGACUUCAGCGCGCCCGUCUGGCCCAAGGACUUGGAGAAUGACGUAUGCCCUGCCGACAAGCCCGACAAGCCCGACAAGCCCGAAAAGCCGAAGACGUCCGCCGUGGUGCCGAUCAUCGUCGGCUGCUUCCUCGUUGGCCUCGUCGUCAGCGUGUUCGUCGCCUACCUCAUCGGCCGCCACCGCAACCGCACCCGUGGAUACGCCUCGGUA